GCAAGCCAACCCCCCGCCCGCCUAUCGCUUCUUCCUUUUCUGUCGUGGUUUUGCGUGUGUGUGUAUGCGUGUGUGUGUAUGCGUGUAUCUUGCGUGUCACGCUUUCAACGACCCUCUGCCAAGCAGGAUCAAUAAAGGGAGACCGGGGGCGGGGUUAGGGGAGAGAGAGGGAAAAGGCGACACACAUAUACAUACAUAUUGAUAUACAUAUACACACACUAUGAAGGACUAUUUUCAUUGUUUUUGAUUGGUUUGAUUAUUAUUAUUAUUAUUAUUAUUAUUAAUUUCAUGAAAUUUAAUGCACCACUUGAAUUUUUUUUAAGUACCUCAAAACAGUGUACAGAAAGAUAAAACAGGAAAAAGAAAGGGGGGGAUCACAGCUGUGCCAGAAGUUAAAAUACUACAAGUAUUAAGAUUCACCUCUGCUUUCUAAGCACCUGGGCAGACUUGUCUAAACAGGAAUGUUUCCAUCAGGUGCUGAAAAACGUACAGUGAAAAGGAGGUGUCUGCUUGAACUCAAUAGGCAGGGAGUUCCAAAGUGCAGGUGCUGCCACACUAAACGAAUGGGUAUUAUGUGGCACCUGUAUUUUGCUUCGUUUUAUUUAUUGAACAAGAAGAGUAUUGUUUUACUCUCAUCACCCAAUUUUGCAGGCAGCUGUGUUGGUCUGUUUAAGAAAGCGACCGAGGGAAGGAGGAGAUAAAAGACCCCCAAAAGUUAACAGUAAGGCAGGAGUGGGGAAUCUGCAUGCUGCCCCCACCAAAAAAUGUUUUUGGGACUAUAAAUCCCAUCGUUCUUGACUGCUGACCAUGCAGUUUGAGCCCAGCAAUAUCUUGGGAAGGCUACACCUUUCCCACCUCUGGUUCAGUGUCUUUAUUAAGGCUGAUCUUUUGCACACUUAAUUAUCUGGGACUAUGCACCUAUCAAGUACAGUGGUGCUUGCUUCUGAGUAAACGUGUAGGGUUAUACUGAUGGAGCAGUUAAAAAAGAGUAGUGUUCUUUAGUUCCUAGCCUGUUGCCCUUAUUUUACUAUUGGGUGGGUGCAAAAUCUCCCUUUCUGUCAUUUGUUUGUGAUGCCAAAAGGAGUAGGGAAUUAACUAUAAAGUUGAACAGAUUUAUCAAGGCAUAAGCAUCCAUGGGCUGGAGCCCACUUUGUCCUCAUUUGGCAGAUAAUGACAAAUUUCCAUAUAUAUCCGAAUUUGUGUGUAUCCAUGUGUUUAAUUUUGGGUCUUUAUCCUUUUUGAUCAAAGCAGCAUUUAAAAAGAACAAAACCAUUAAUAACAACUAGGUUAAAGUUAAAACAACAGCACAUUGCUAGCUGAGGCUAGCAUUUUAUAUAUUUGGGCUCAAGCCCAUGGAUGUCUACGCUACAAUAAAAUUGUUCAUCUUUAAGCUGCCACUGGGCUCCUUACUGUAGUUGAUGUAGCAGACCAACGUGGCUACCCCUCUGGAUUUGGUGGUGGCAGUGAUCAUACAUGAUCCAUAGAAGUGAUGGGGACGAUGACACAAGACUCAGUUUGGGAGGGGGGGAGCGGGCAGUCUUAGGUAGAAGUGCUUUCUUGCAAUAUAGGAUUCAGGCUUCACUUUUGAUAACACUUGGUAAUUCUAGAAGCCUCUGGCCUCCCCCAAUGUUCACUUCCUUCCUGGCAGAGGGUUGACAUAUAAUGCCCCCCCUCCCCCUUGUAGGAGGGUUGUGUAUGGUUGUAUAUAUUUAUAUAUGCUGGGGUGGGAAUGAUCUCCUUUUCAAACCAAACUUCAUAAUGGCUUCUCCUAUGAACUGAACGAAGACGAGCUUUUUUGUUUGUGUACUGGAAAAUAAACAAAAUAACUUGUCUCCUUUUCCCUUGGGUUUUAGAUGGGUUUUCAAGUAGCCUAAUUUUGGAAUGUAUCCCUUUUGGUAUUGUGUUGGUGGCUGGAACGUUUUGUGAUGGUACCUGGAAUGUUUUGUAUGGAAAAUGCCUUUCCAUCCUAACUUCCAGCAAGUCCUGUAGACUGAUGGACUCAGCUGUUGGUGAUGUGUCAGCCCUAAAAUAAAAUACCUCUUCCCUAGAUCACUGUUGAGAGUCCGCCUCUUCUGUUGUUUAGCUUAUUUCUGUUUCACUCUUCCUUCACUGCUGUCUAGGUGGCAUCUUUGCAACACCCCAUGUGAGGCAGGUUAAGUUGGUGAAUAGUGAUAGCUUUGUAGUGAAUGAGCAUCAUAGCUCAACAUGGACCCCAAACCUUCGAUUCCUGCUUCUUAACAUUUACAUCUAGUAUUGCUUCUGGCAUGUGCCAGCAAAUGUUUAAGCAGCUGCUACAUAUGUUGCUGUUUAUCUAAUUUGGUUCAUUAUGUUGCUGAUUGGAGGUGCACUGGUAGGAUUAGAAUCUGAUAGUGAUUUUUGACUCGUGGAAACCUUUCUGAUUGCAAUGUUUAGGUAAUGGCUUCUGCAAUCUUUGUAUAUCUUCCUUACGCUUGGUAGUGCUUUCAAUUUUGAACAAAGCCUUCUAAAUGGAGCUUUGUGUCUGGUUGGAUAGUCUCAGUGUUGGAAGAUUUUCCGUCUGUGCUUUUAGUGGAUGGUUAUGUAGGGACUUUUUCACGAAUACUAAUAUACAAGGAGACUGAACCAGAUUUUUAAGUAGUGAUGAAUUCCCCAUAACACUCAGCACAGGAAAGUCUGAAUGACUUUGGUUUGAAAAGGGGCACAUGGCAUAUUGUAAAUGUUUGCUCCUUCCGUUUCAAUUUCACACAAAGCCCCAAAUUGAAAACUAAUUUUUAUGUUAUGAUAAAUAAUCCCAAAGUGAUAGCACUCUUGAACUUAGGCAAAGCACAUGACAAAUUACUUUCCGUGGGAAUUUCUGUAAAGGACCAUUGUAUGCCAGUAAAGACUGAAAAUGAAUUGUCUACAGAAAACCUCUAUAGAUACUAGAUAAUAAAGUUUCUUUUUCCAGGUACACAACCAAACAAUUGUUUUUUGUUUGAAGGAUUGGUGAUGAGGUUAUAAAUUGAUUAUUGGUUGGAAUUCGGUUCCAUGCUAAGCAAAUUGAAUAGCAGUGUAAAUUCAAGUGUCUUAUGUGCUGGUGGAAUUUUCAGUAGGAUUAGGGAUGGGGACACACACACACUUAUUGGGCAGCUUGUAGUCUGGAAUGAAUCAGCUGUGAAGAACGGUGGGAGCAAAUUGUAGCAUAUGCUCAUGGCCUAUAAAGUAAACAAUCUACAUUUGUAAAUUAAGGAGGUUUGACAAACAUACACACAACUGUAAUACAAGUAGCUUUCAGAUGGGCAGGGAAAUUUUUAUAUUUUUCUAGGAAUCCUCAUUUUUAUCUUGAGCUGUCCAAAAUUGUUCAUCUUCAUCAGAAGAUGAAAUAACAUUGGUAUUGAGAUAUUCAAGGCCAAAAUUCCUGUGGAAAAAUGCUUUUGGUAAUCUGUUGCUUGUUGUGAUAUUUUUUAUUUUAAGCUGGUCAGACUUUUAUGCAGUGUCCAUCUCGGACUGGUGGAAUUCAUUGCUGUGUCAACUCACUUUUUCCAAAUCACAUGGAAACUAUUGGAUUAUUACUAACAUUCUUCAAUAAACUAAGCUAAACCAAUGUUGCACAAAUCCACAGAAAUUAUUAGACAAUAAAAAUGCUUACUAAGUUACUUGCCAAUCAUACAUUUAUAGCACACACUUCAGUUUACAAAAAUAUAUUUGAUUGCCUGAGGGUGAUUCUUACUUGCCAAAGGUGACUAAAUGAAAAGCUGUUUACAAGCCCAAAAUAAACCAUUUAACUGUAUUUAAGGAGACUUCUGUAUCUCUUGAGCAUUAUGGUAUUUUUAGUACCUUCUGUAGAGAACCUCCUUAAAUUGCACAUAUGUUACUGUUCCUAUAUAUGUGUGUCUCUCUAUCACAUAAUCAGCACUUCUUUCCUCAGCCAAAUGGCUAGGGGCCGAGCCUAGCCAUGAUUUUACCUCCAAUGGACGCAAGUUUCUUUGGUGAAGAUUUCUCCUGAGAGUUCGAGACUAGCAGAAAGAAGCGAGGAAAUUGCGACCGUUUGGUUCUUACGGAUAGGUAUUUAUGUAUUUGGGUUUGUGUAAAUGUAACAUAUUGCCUUUCCACAAAAAAUAUGUAUUUUAUCAAGGGUGUUGAAUGGUUGAACCAUAAACGGUAAGAACAAUGGAGGAAUUGGUUCUUUUUUAACUAGUAAGAUCUUUUGUAAUAGUCUUAAAAGGGGAUUUGAAACCUAUAUUUUAAAAAAAUUGUAGUGGGUGAGAAGUGAUUAGUCAGAUUAAAAUACUGAUUUAAUUCAUAUUAAAUCUUCUUUUUCAAAUGUGUGUGGUAAGUAUUUGUAUAGUGGCAGAAACUAAAGCCAAAGUUCUUCCAUUGACCAUAUCUUUCAUGUUGCAGGUAUGAUGGGCGUGGUCACCUGCAUGACCUUUCUGAAUAUGAUGCUGAAUAUUCCACAUGGAACAGAGAUUACCAGUUGUCUGAAGAGGAGGCUAGAAUAGAAGCCCUCUGUGAUGAAGAGAGAGGAAGAAUAUAAGAGACUGAGUGAAGCUUUGGCAGAAGACGGUACCUAUAAUGCAGUGGGAUUCACUUACAGUAGUGAUUACUAUGAUCCUUCGGAGCCCACUGAGGAGGAGGAACAGCCUUCAAAAGCAAAAGCUGCUGCGGCCAAGGCAGAACAUGUAGAGGAAAAUGAAGAACCAUUUGUUGCUCCUUUGGGACUGACUGUACCUUCUGACGUGGAGCUGCCACCGACAGCCAAAAUGCAUGCAAUCAUAGAACGGACUGCAAAUUUCGUCUGCAAGCAGGGGGCUCAGUUUGAGAUUAUGCUGAAGGCAAAACAAGCUCGGAACUCUCAGUUUGACUUUUUGCGAUUUGACCACUACCUCAACCCUUACUACAAGUUUAUUCAGAAAGCUAUGAAGGAGGGGCGAUAUGCUGCCACUUCAGAAAAGAAAAAAGAAGAGGAAAAAAAUGCAGGAGGUACUGAUGAUGAAGAUGAUGACUACGAUGGAGAUAACUACCUGCACCCAAGCCUCUUUGCUUCUAAAAAGCACAGUAGACUUGAAGAGCUUAUGAAGCCUUUAAAGGUGGUGGACCCUGAUCACCCGCUGGCAGUGCUUGUUCGCAAGGCUCAGGCUGACAAUAACUUGGCUGCCCCACAGCCAGCUGAAGGAGCAGCUGUUCAGUCGUCACAAAUAGAAUAUUCUUCAGAUCCUACUGUGGCAGCCAUGUAUUACAGUUACUACAUGCUGCCAGAUGGAUCAUAUUGCCUCGCCCCUCCACCCCCAGGAAUUGACAUGGCAACUUAUUACAAUGCACUACCAGCAGGAGUGACUGUGUCUAGCACUACAGGAGUAGCCACAAUGACAGCACCACCUCCUCCUGGCACUACACCACCACCAUCUGCAGAGGCAACUGAUGACACCAGUGGUGUAACGCCUGCCACGACUACUUCAACAAGCACAAUUCCUUCUGUGGUUACCAUCAUCCCCCCACCUCCAGACAUCCAGCCCGUGAUUGACAAGUUAGCUGAAUAUGUUGCUAGGAAUGGGAUUAAAUUUGAGACCAGUGUCCGUGCCAAGAAUGAUCUAAGGUUUGAGUUCCUGCAACCUUGGCACCAGUAUAAUGCCUACUAUGAAUUUAAGAAACAGUUUUUCCUUCAGAAAGAGGCCAGUGACAGCUCAAAGCAGGUAGCAACUUUAUCAGAGGAUGUCCCUGCUGAUACUGCCAACACUGAACCUGGAGAAGCCCAGUUUCCCGCUGACAGCAUGUCUGAAGAUGUAGAGUCUGCUGCCCAAGGAAAUGAUAAACAAGAUGCACUGGCCAUUAAAAUUUCCAAUGAUGGCAAACUGGUAAAAGCAUCCUUUGCACCAAUAAGCUUUGCAAUCAGGGCCAAAGAAAAUGACAUGCUCCCCUUGGAGAAAAACCGUGUGAAACUUGAUGAUGACAGCGACGAGGAGGGGGAAGAAGGCAAGGAAGGCCAAGAGAAUGCCAGUAGCACCUCAAACAGCCAUUCCGCAUUUGCCAUGUCCAGUGGGGCUGCUGAAGAGAAGAAGCCUCAGCUGACACAGGAGGAGCUGGAAGCCAAACAAGCAAAGCAGAAACUAGAGGACAGAUUAGCGGCGGCGGCAAGGGAAAAGCUAGCCCAAGCCUCCAAGGAAUCGAAAGAAAAGCAGCUUCAGGCGGAACGAAAAAGAAAAGCUGCACUGUUCUUGCAGAACCUGAAGAAUCCCCUGGCAGAUGCAGAGGUUGAGAAAAUGGAGGAGCAUGCCUUCAAUAUAGAGACUGUUGGUAACAUGCAGUGUCCCCUGUUGACUGGCAUCAGGACAUUGCCGACCUUGGAAGCAAAGGCACCUGAAAGGCCUUCAAGCAGAAGCAGAGAUCUGCCCAGGGAAGAAGAGCGGGAGAAAAAGAAAAAAAAGCACAAGAAAAGAUCACGGUCACGGUCAAGGUCGCCUCCUUCCAAAUAUCACUCUUCGUCAAAAUCCAGGGUUCGAUCACAUUCAAAAGCCAAGCACUCACUUCCCACUGCCUAUAGAACUGUCCGGCAUUCCAGGUCUCGCUCAAGAUCACCCAGGAGAAGAGCUCACACACCUGAAAGGCGCAGGGAGGAGAGGAGCGUCCCAACUGCAUAUCGUGUCAGCAACAGUCCAGGAAUGAGUAGGCGGCGCACACGUUCCAGAAGUCCUCAUGAAAAGAAGAAAAGGAGAUCUCACUCCCACACCAAGUCCAAAGCGAGGUCUCAUUCGCCAUCCAUCUCUCCAGGCAAACAAUCUGCACAUAAGAACUCCACCCAUUCAGCCAGUGUCUCUCCUGUGGAGAGUAGGGGAUCCAGCCAAGAGCGUUCUGGGGGAGUUUCUUUGGAAAAAGACGGCCAGAUCUCUUCAGCGAUUGUGUCGUCAGUGCAGAGUAAAAUAACUCAGGAUCUUAUGGCCAAGGUGAGGGCAAUGCUCGCAGCUUCCAAAAACAUCCCAACUAGUGCCUCCUGAGACCAGAAGGAGGGACUCUUCAGAAUACUGUGUACAGAAGGAAACUUGGUUCCAGUGGUUCCCAACAGCAGAGUUCAAGGAGCUGACAUCCUUGUUGUGUACAGAAGAUCUCAUUGGAACUUCAAUGAUUUUUCCACGUCAAACUUCCUUUUGAUAAAAUAAGCCUUUGGGGGUUUUGUAAAUUACGUUUUGACCAGUUCUUCAGUAAGAAUCUUACCAUGAGCAAUGUCUGUAUAUUUGUAAAUAAAAUGUUCCUGCGGAUGUUAACACAAAUUAAAAUGCAGAUAAACCAUUUUUAUUA